UAAUCGACUCCCACUUGGCUCUCAACGACGCGAACCGGCUCCUGUCGUUCAUUUCAAAGAGCCGUUCGAGACCCACGCAUCAGUGCACUCCAAGUAGGCUACCCCACACGGUGUCAUGGCUGCCAAGUUGUGUGUGCACAAAGUCCUCCCAGCCGUCUCCUAUAAAGGGUAGCAGGGGAGGUGUUGAUAAGAGACUAUGUAUGAUUUAUAUAUAAAUAUACAUAGAGAGAGAGAGAGAUAUUUAUACAUAUUUAUACAGAAUGUGUUUGGUUAACCAUUGCUCCGAUACGCAAGGGGGCGGUAUUCUUGGCCAAAGUUGGCAUGGCGGGGAACAGACGAAGAGGAAACUACGACCAAAAGUGUGAAGAUGCCGUGAGAAACGAUUCCGUUUGAAAAACAAGUUGCUGUUUUUAUUUAGUUGGCGUGCCAUGAUGUCAGAAAUAGCUGCUGCUGUAUUGGAUGUUGACUGCGAGUCGGGCUAUGGAUUCUCCAAGCUGUGAGCCUGCUGGCAAUACAAGUGAGCUGUUUCUGUAAAAGAAAUCCAUAUUGUGACCGCCUUGUUACGAUCCGCCUGUCCUCUCUCGGUUACAGCGCGUUCGUGUAUUGACCGAAGUGGAAAAGCAUCAUGAAAUUAAGAAACUCUUCUAAGUUGAAAAAGCCCUCAAAAAAGAAACUGGACAAAAGUCCCAGUCCGAAUGAAGAUGUCAUCCAACGCCGGCUUCGCAGUAAGAGACGGCGGAGGAUGUAUUCUAGUGACAUCGACGUCAGUACGGACAGCGUGGUUGAUGUGAUGAAAAGUAAACAUGGCGAGGAGGAGCCUGAGGAGGGUUGCAGUCUGCAGGUAGUCGAUGGAGGACUCGAUUCAGAUGAACAGUGUAGCUCCAGCGACGUCUUUGCUCCUUCGCGCCUGAACGCCUCUGCUCCCAAGAAGCCAACAACACCAACGGGCCUGUGCGCCGCCUGUCUGAAGCUCUACCAGAGGGCCAAGAAGCUGAAAACUCCCAUCAUAGACAAACUGCUGGACAAUGAUCCCACUUCCUUGACGUGUGAUCAGUGGGUCCUGCUCAAAGAGUGGCGCCCAAGUAGGACGCCUCUGUCAAGAAGGACGCUUCCUCUGAGCCUGUUGAAGAUCCAGAGACACAUGAAGGGGAAGAAAAAAGCAAAGCGAAAAAAGCAGGAUGACACGAAAGGCGUUUGCUCAAGGCCACACAUUUUCCUUCAGAGGAACCUCAGGCGGCCCCAAAGAGCGCCGGUGACAAAGGAGAGGAAGGUAAAGCAGAGGAAGAGGCCAAGAGAUGACUCUCAGGGCUCUGGUAUCGCAAAGCAGACGGGCUUCCACAGCAACAGACCCCCUGAGGACAGCAGCGGUAACUUUAGCAAUGACAGCAGUCUGGACAGUUUUCACAGCGGAGAGCACGAGCGGGAAGAUUCCUCCAGUGUGACUGAAAAAACGAUUCCCUUUUCGGCGGGAAUGGAAACUUCCACGCUAAGCACUACGCCACCCAAGCAGAAAACGCCGAAGAAAACGAAGGGAUUCCGAGACUUGCUGGCCCAGUUACGUGGCAACAGCAGCAUGGUUGUCAAAGAAACGCAUUAGACUGACUUGCAUCUUACACUGCUGUUAGUUUCCUGCAGGGGCGGUGCUCUGUUGUGUCGGUAGAUGCCAUUAACGCCCCAUUUACUUGCAUGCUAUUUAUUUUUUAAUGAUGCAAGAGUAGAAUUCACAGCUCUGUCAGGGGAUGUCUCAAUAAGCGUGUAUCUGAACAUGAUUUUUGUUUUUUACCGGCAGAGAUUUCCCCUUUUGUUUAGUUAAUUCAUGGCAAAUUGAGAUGCAUUCAAUUUCUGUACUGUAGUGUCUAAAGUAAAACGAGAAAAAAAUGCCUCCGGGAAAGUUGACAUUUUAAAACAUUUUGGUUUAAAUAAAAUUGUUUGUAAAACCCACAAGUACUGUCUUUUCUUGGUAAAGUAAAUUGAAUUUUCGUUACUUUUUUGUCCUAACUGCCGGAACAAUAUUGAUGAACGGGGGACUUUGCCCUGCAAUUACCAUUUGUGGACGCUUGGGGGCAGCAAGUGAACAGCAAUUGAAUGUUGAAUUAAUUGGAAGUUAGGUGGCUAUUGUUGGGUAAACACAACACAAUAACAACUAAUUAGGAAUUUGAUCCCGAAUAAGCAAAGAUAACUCAUCAAUAAAUAGUCCACAAAUUCAACACUAUAGCAAU